GUGUGACUGCAGGAGGAGGCUGCAGGAGGAGGCUGCAGGAGUGUCUCAGCUCAGCCCACAUGUGUCCACUUUGUUUAUAACGUGUGGAGCCAGCAGGUGAGCCGACACUGCGCCAUCACGGCCACGAUCCGUCCUGCUUUAUCAGCUGAAGUGGAAUAACUGAGAAACCCACAAGAUCCAGACUCAAACUUCUGCUCGCCGGCUGCAGCGCUGAGUGUGAUGUGACCAGCUGGUCCAACCUCCUUCCAUCUUUCUCUCCACAUCAGUGAAGAUCAGUCAGAGAUGACAGCGAUCGCUGCUGCAGUCCUGCAGGCAGCAGGAGGACUCAGAGCCGGAGGGGUGAAGUCUCUUCAGAUCCUGAUGCUGUGUCUUCUCCCUCUGCUGUGGCUGCAGCCUGCAGACUCCAGCGCUGCUCCAGGGGCCACAGCCUGGAGGCAAACCGGGCCACGGCUGCAGCUCUCCCACUCAGAUCUGAGGAACGGUUCGGCUGUGUUCUGGAAGGGCGGAGUCAGCGGUGGAUACCAGGCCCUGUUACUGGACGAGGAUCAGGGAUGGCUGCUGGUCGGAGGGAAAGACCACAUCUACCUGCUGAGGCCUGACAGCCUGGAUCUGCCCACACAUACUAUCCACUGGCCUGCUGCCAGAGAACAUGUGGAACACUGCAGGCUGGCAGGGAAAAGUCUGGAGACAGAGUGUGCCAACUUCGUGCGGCUGCUGCAGCCUUUCAAUAAGACCCAUGUUUAUGCUUGUGGUACCGGCGCCUUCCAUCCGCAGUGCACAUACCUGCACAUUGGACACAACACAGAGGAGCCGUUGUUCAUGCUGUCUCACACAGUCGAGUCAGGCAGAGGAAAAUGUCCUUUCAGUCCCAGGGAGCCCUUCACUGCUCGGCUGACUGAUGGUGAGCUUUAUGCAGGUACCUCAGUAGAUUUCAUGGGAGCCAACGCUGCGAUCUUCCGUACGUCCAUCCAGGGCAGCAGUCAACGUUACAUCCGGACCGAAGCGUAUGAUCACAACUGGCUCAAUGAGCCGGAGUUUGUUGGCUCCUUCUCCAUCCCUGACACUCACAGUCCGGACGACGACAAGGUCUACUUCUUCUUCAAGGAGCGGGCGGUGGAGGCCGGACAGUGGGACAAGAGUGUGUACAGCCGCGUGGCUCGAGUCUGCAAGAAUGACGUGGGCGGGAAGAGGAGUCUGAUCAACCGCUGGACCACCUUCCUCAAAGCCAGGCUGGUGUGUUCUGUCCCCGGCCCGUCUGGAGUCGACACGCAGUUCGACGAGCUCGAGGACAUCUUUGUUCUGGAGACCAAUGACCCUCAAAACCCGACCAUCUACGGUGUCUUCAGUACGUCCAGCUCUAUAUUCCGUGGUUCAGCAGUGUGUGUGUUCUCCAUGGCAUCUAUCCGAGCUGCUUUCAACGGGCCGUUUGCCCAUAAAGAAGGUCCUGACUAUCGCUGGGUGGAGUACAAGGGCCGCAUCCCCUACCCGAGACCUGGCACUUGUCCCAGCGAGACGUACGACGCUCUCCACAAGUCCACCAAAGACUUCCCAGACGAGGUGGUGAGCUUCAUGCGGCAGCACCAGCUGAUGUGGGAGCCCGUCCUGCCUCUGGGCGGCAGACCCAUCUUGACCCAGGUCAACAGGCCCUACAUGUUAAAGAGGGUCGUAGUAGACAGGGUGGACGCCGAGGACGGACCUUACGAUGUCUUACACCUGGGCACAGAUGAUGGGAAGGUGGUGAAGGCAGUGUCAGUCAUCAAAGACAACUGGGACACAGAGGAGAUCAUUCUGGAGGAGCUGACGGUGUUCCAGAGUCCCACUCCCAUCCUGAGCAUGGAGCUGUCAACCAAGAGACAACAGCUGUAUGUGUCCAGUGAGCUCGGCGUGGUCCAGCUGGGGCUCCAGAGGUGUGAGUUAUAUGGGACAGACUGCGCUGAGUGCUGCUUGGCCAGAGACCCCUACUGCUCCUGGGACGGUCAGACCUGCUCCAGAUACUUCCCCACCAGCAAGAGGCGGGCGCGGAGACAGGAUAUAAAGUAUGGAGACCCCUGGAGUCAGUGCCCGGUCACAGAGGACGAUUCGGACUCUGUGGAGGUGAGGUUGGUGUACGGUGUGGAGGGAAACUCAACCUUCCUGGAGUGUGUUCCUCGGUCGCCGCUGGCUGAGCUCAGGUGGACGGUGCAGCACACAGAGAGCCAGCAGCAGACUCUCAGUCAGACGCAGGACAGCAGAGAGCUCCCUCAAGGAGACGAUGACCGCCACCUCCACAUGAAGCGAGGGUUGUUGGUUCAGCACCUGGAGCUGGCUGACACAGGCCUCUACACCUGCACCAGCCACGAGCACUCCUACAGCCAGGUCCUGACCCGAUACCGCAUUCACAUCAUCCCCAACCACAGCCUCCACCCGACCCGUCACCAGCACAACCACAGCCCAAACCACCCGAGCCCGGUCGUCCUCGGGAGGAUCGGCUCCACCGGGGUAGCCGGGUUUCUCGGCCAGUCGGGGCUCCUUCACCCACCACCUCCACCUGCUGGUCACAGGAACUCGUGGCUGUCCCAGCAUCCUCAGCAGCUUCCUCUCAAGAGCUACAAAGACCUGCACAUGGUGGGGACCAACAGUCUGAGUGUGGACGAGUACUGUGAGCAGCUGUGGUACCGCGAGAAACGCCGGCAGCAGAAACUCCGAGCUCUGAAGCUGAAACAGGAGAGCAGGAAAGCCCGGGUGAGGAGGAACAACCCUCCUGAGAUUCCCCUCUAGUCACCUGGAGAACUCAGAGACUGCUCAUGGACAACAGAUCCUGGACACGCAGAGGACAUGGAGAGGUUUCAUCAACAGUGUUUGCUUUUUGAGCAAAUAAGCUGGUAAAGUGACACCAACUGUAUCUGCCAUUAAAGACUGACAGUAAUUUUGACCUUUAGACAAAAAAAUGGAUGUGUAGGAAAAAAGAAAAUACAUAUUAGCAUUAUUCAUUACUGUUUGGGACAGUUGGCUCCAAGCUUCAGCUAAAAUUGGAAAUGUUAUUAUAUUAUGUUUGGAUGAUAAAUCAGCUUGUGACACACCUCACAGCCACACCUGUGCCAAGUAUAAUCUGUGUAUAACACACUGAGGCAUGUGUAUUUGAUGCUGACACUUUACAAGACAAUACACAGGUUUCUCUGUUAAAUCAGAUCCUAGUUUUUGUUUAGAUUUUAGAUUUUGUUCAAACCUUGUACAUGCUGUUUGAGGCCAAAAAAUGAUUGAGUGAAAGCUGAACUAGCGCUAUGCUCAAUUUCUGUCAAAUAUUUUGGAAGAAUUUUGAGAAGCUUGUAACUUUUCACACAGGUGAUCAUGAUCUUAGGGUUGAAUGGUAAAUGGACGUGCAUUAUAGCGCCUUUCUAGUCUUUGGACUGCCAUACUAUGUGCCACCUGUUACUCAGUUAAACAUUCACACACACUCACACAUUGAUGGCACAGCUAUCUGGAACAUUUUGGGGUUCAGUGUCUUUGACAUGUGAACUGGAGGAGCCAGGUAUUAAACAACGACCCAUUCGACUUCCUGAGCCUCAGCCACCCCAUGAGUCAAGUCCACAUUGCCACUUUGGUAUCUCAAACAGACAAUUAAUUUCAACCUCUGCUCGCAUAUUUGCCAAUUAUCAGAUUCUGUUCAUGUUAGAGCCCCUGAAAUUUGGUAUAACAUCAAUUAGAUAUUAUAUUUUAGCUGCAGGUAAAGAAAACAUCCAUGUGUAUACUUUGGGGGACUGUCCAAACCAUCCAUUUAGCACUUUUCUUUCCAUUUUCAAGGGCCAGAAACUAAAGAUAUGACACCUGCUAGUUCCUUGCAAUCAUUUAUAUCUGUUAUAUCCUACCAAACUGCAUGGCUCCCACGUGGUGUGAAAAGCAGCUGGCCCCAAAGUGUCUUGCCCCAUUUAAAAAAGUUUGUUCCUGUAUUCACUGUGUCCUUAUCCAGCUGGGUUUUUUUAUGUUAAUAUCUUGAGUAAUGAUCUCAACUUUAAAAACAGCAUUUAGUUUUCCUCACAGAAAUGAAUGAAAUGCUUCGACGCAGGUUUACUGUAUAGUUUUUAAACAACUUUUCUUACACCCCUUAAAAUCAAGACUCCCCGGUGAAGCUUUUGCGAUCCCUGGUGGGAUCCCAGGUUGGGAACUGGGUCAUGAGAUAUUGAACCCUAAAAAGGGGGGUGAAAAUAACAACAUCGCACAUAAAGUUUGAACAAAAUCUAAAAUGUGAACAACCACCUCUCUGAUUUGACGCAGAAUACUGUAUCGUCUGUCCAUCUAAACAGAAACAAUUAUCUGAUCAUAUCUCUCUUUACAUAAUGUCAGCUUAUUAACUGUCAAGUACAAGCUACCAUUUGUUAUGGCUCCUCUUUGUAGCUAUUAGCCUAGCAUUGCCAAAAACAGUUUGAGCUAAGUGAUCUGCGUUUAAAGUUACUUCUUCUAGUGUUAGUGAGACUAGUGGGCUAAUGUAGGAAACCUUAUCAGACUAUUUACUUUUACUUUAAUUCUAUAAACAUACAGAUAUCUCCACUUCAACAAUUAUUUUUCUUUUAUGUCCCAUUUUCUGUUCAAUAUAUCUAUUUAGACUUCCUGUACAACCAGCUCUGCAGUGCGUCUGCGGAAUAACACCGCUGACAGCUGACAUGACAUUUACUGCAAAACUGCAAAUUCUUCAUAACAAACUGACACACUGGUGAAAGUGUAUGAGGAUCUCACACACAAUGCAGACAGAAAUAUGUUCACUUUAUAUUCCGUAUAAAUGAAUGACAGAAGACUAAACAAGAAAAGUGUUUGCCCGAUUUACUGCUACACAUUUAACUGUAUUUAAACAUUUAAUGUUUCUACAUGUAUUUAUGUUUGUUCUGAGACGUAAUGUUGAUCUUCUUCAUACACACCUAAUGGAAUGAAUAUGGGCCUUGGUGGAAACGCACACAUGAAAUGGACCUUGCUUGAAAAUACGUAAUGUAUAGCUUAUUAAUUCUGCCUUGUAACUAAUAAUUAUUAUUCACAUUAAUGUAUAUUAAAGAACUCUAUUUUUGAUAGUUUUCUUUCUUUGUAUUCUAGAAUUAGAACAGUGUCUUGGUGUUGAUAUAAACUUGUGUGUUUCUCAAAAGCAAAAUUAAAACUUUUUUUAACUUCACAGCUCUAAUAAGCUUUAAGAUCAAGACAUGAAACUGGUAUGUUGCUGUAUGUGAAUAAGUCACACAAUGUUGUAAAAUAAAAACAUUAAAACAAUCAAGAA